AUGCCCCAACCAACUACGCCCUCUUUUGCAGUCCGAAGGGGCUACCAACCCCAACAAGUAGCCCCAAGUCCUGCAAAUCAAGAGGUUCAGGGCUACAACUCACUGAUCAGAGCUAUGCUUCGAGAGAUCGACGGUUGCAAGUCCAAGCUUGAGAAAAGUCGGCACUCACGGAUUCGGGAUGGUGUUUUGAAUGUCCACUCGAGCGAGAUCGUCCAUUUUCAGCGUAGCUACGGACCCUCAAUCUUCCAGUGUUUUGAUGAUUCUAUUUUCGAGACCGAUUUUAAGGACGUAACCUCGACCCAGUGCGCAUCCAACCCUACUGUCCCAAGCUACAUUCUUGAUAACACUAUCGUGCAAGAGACUAAAUACGUGGGUAACAGCAGUGAAUUCGAUUUCGCGGCCCUGUGCAGUCCUGCUUUGCGCCCCUGUGAUUCCAGUUAUACAAGGAGAGAAAAUGAUCGCACGGGUACAAAUCCCACCAGAGUUCCUGCGUCUCGAGAGAAAAUUAAAUCACGAUAUUCUGUGAUCAUUCCCAGUUCCCAGCGAUCUCAGCGACGCCCCAUACAGGGAAAUGUUAAAAUUUCACCAGCCACGGCCUACGUAUCUAUCGAGUCUAAAUACCAGCAUAUUCUCGACGAGACUCGGGUUCCUGGCGUCUCCUCCCCGGAAACUACACCUACAACCUUAACUUCCAAACGAACCAGUCAGAAGAUCGCCGAACAAGCCCGCCGUAAUCGCAUCAAUAAUGCGCUCCAGCAAUUGGAGGCAUUGAUGCCACCGACAUUUAUCCAGGAUCAAAAAAGCCAGAGGCUAGCCGGAUCGAGUGUUACUGUUGAUGAGGCGGAGAAGCCAGGUAAUCACUUCUUCGGCAAGGCCUUUAUGGUGGAGACGGCUAUUCAGUACAUCAACGAGUUGAGGACGUGUCUUGAAGGGUUGGACACUUCUGCAAGAAUAUUUGUUCCUGCGGCCCUGGUCUUUGAGCGCGGCCAUCACAAGAUCCAAGAACAAGGCCGUCGAAAUCGUAUCAACGUCGCGCUGAAAGGACUUGAGUCAAUGAUUCCAUCCGAGUUCAUCCAGGCCCGACUGGCUAAAAACAAGGCAAUAUCUGGGUUCAAAUCUGAGGGGAAUAUUGAUGAUAAAUUCGUGGCCCCAGCAUGCAGCAAGGCUAGUAUACUAGAGAUGGCAAAUGAUUAUAUCAGGGAGCUGCAACGAGAUCUUGAAGAUAAAUCAGAAACUCUUGCACUAAGGCUCAUGCCACCCCGAGCGCCAUCCCCGGAUGGGCGUACUGAGACACCAGACAAAGAGUCAAGAUCGGGAACAGCAAGCCCUUCAGACGAUCAAAAAGAAGAGGAUUCUGGAAGCGCAAGCAAAUUGAUGCCUUCAAUUGAUGGAGACGCAAUAUCUGAUGCAAACCUACCUUCACCUCAAGACCCCCUCUCACUCAGCAAUCCUGGGUUAUACGAGGCAGAGACAAGGCGUACCCCACUUGAAGGAAGCGAGAUUUCACAAUCCAACAUCGUAGAUAGCAUGGCUUCGUCACGAAGGCCGCCAGUCGAUGCAGUGUCCGUCAAAGAUGGGGGUAAAGCAUUCGCGGGCAAGGUCGAGACCCAGCACAGUUCUAGCAAAGACGAGAUUCGGCCACCACCAGUGGACUUGGGGGAAACGUCACAGACUCCGAAUUCCCGUGAAGAUUUUGGCACUUCUUUGAAUCUAAACGAUAUGCAGUUUCAAUUUCUGGAUUCUUGGGUGGAGCCUCCAAGAGACGAUUGGCUCACCCGCCCAUUGCUUGAAGGUUAUUCAGAACUCGAAGAUGACGACCUACAAGGAGACACUAUCCUUCCAAAUCUCAGAAAAGAUGUCAAGGGUGAGGUACAAGUGCACAAGGCAGACGGCCUGGCCUGGAAGCCAGACAGACAUCGGCACAAGCGAAGGUUCUCCACAAUUGAUAAUAACAGUCCUUCCCCGAUGAUCUUCGAACCCCUGAUUGAAAAGCAUCAGAAGCGGAGCGAGAAUACUACCUCUCAAGAUAUUCUACUUGGGAAGUCAAACCAGGAAUUCCCGGAAGACUUUACAGACAGUCCAUGGCCAAGCAGUCUCGAGAAGGCUUUAGAGCGAUGGACAAAUCUCAAGCAAUAUGAAUUCAACACAGAAAUAGUUGGUUGA